AUGUCAAAUGCUGAACCAGUGCCUAUAAGAGAUAGAUUACCAUCUAGGUUAGACUCAUUCGAGAAUAACUUGAAAUUAGAUAUAAGAGCACAUCAAAGAACUUAUGAAGGUGCUUAUACUAGAACAGCAAUUGGUUGUUUUUCAUUUUCAAUCCUAAUCAUAAAAUUAUUUUCAAAAGAAUUUUUACCCAUAGGUACUAUAUAUACAAUUUAUGGAUGUUUGCUUUAUUUUAUUGGAGUUUAUAAAUCAUCAUGUGUUGAUGUUUAUUAUAAUCCAGAGAAAGAUAUGGAAAUGUAUAAGACUGGAGGAGAUUACGUCUUAAUUUUAUCAAUCAUUAGUUUGUGUUGUUAUAUUGCAUUAUUAAUUUUAAUUCUAAAGAUGUGA